AUGUCAUCCGUACCAUAUACACGGCAGCAGUGGAACCCGUCAUCUUAUACGCCGCGGCCGCAUGGUCGCCCGCAGCCGAGAUCUGUGUCCGCAAGCUCCUCAAUACCGUCCAGAGGGCUUCGCACAAAAAUCUGCAAGUCCUACCGCACCGUCUCCCUAAACUCGGCCCUACUACUGGCCGGGUUACUACCCUUGGACCUGCGUGUAAAGGAAGCAGCCGGGCUAUACGAGGCUCGCAAGGGGUCGACCCGGCUAGUGCUAGGAGACCGGGAGGUCGAGCGGGUGGUAGGAUUUGCGGAGCUGCCACAUCCCGCCUUGCGUAUGGGCCUGACCUUCAGAAGUCUAGACGACCGAAGCCUGGUAGACCAACACAACGUGCAGUCGCUCAGAAUAUUUACAGACGGCAGCAAGCUCCAGGGCAAAGUCGGUGCUGCGCUGUCCAUAUGGGACGACCAGACCGAACUGCGGAGCCAAAAAUUGAGCUUGCCAGCGUACUGCACAGUCUACCAGGCUGAACUCCUGGCCAUAUGCAGGGCCACUAGCGAAGCCCUGAACAGCGGAGCAGAGAGCUGCGGAAUAUACAGUGACUCACGAGCUGCUUUGCAAACAGUGACCAAUCCCGGGUCUAUGCACUCCCUCGCAAUCGAGGCGCGCCGAAACCUCAGCGUGGCCUUGACCCGUGGCAAAGCUGUGACCUUGUUCUGGAUCAAGGCCCACGCCGGCAUCGAUGGCAACGAGCGCGCCGACGAGCUUGCAAAAGAAGCAGCACUUUCGAGUCGGAGGAAGCCUGAUUAUGACCGGUGCCCGAUCUCAUUCGUCAAGGGGGAUCUUCGAAGCGACUCUCUUGACGAAUGGAACAGGAGGUAUAAAACGGGCGUGACGGCCUCCGUCACGAAAGUGUUCUUCGGAUGCGAGGGAGGCAUAUCGCUUGGUGCGCAAAAUACAGCCGCAGGGCAUCGUUACUAG